AUGGAAUGCGUGAGAAUCCAGAGCACAUUGUCUCACAGGAAGAAUUGGAAAUAUGAUGUGUUUGUGAGUUUCAGAGGCGAGACUCGCUUCAACUUCACCGAUCAUCUUUUUGCUGCUUUCCACAGACACGGCGUACUUGCCUUCAAGGAUGAUACAAAAAUCGAGAAAGGAGGACCUAUAUCUGCAGGGCUUCUGCAAGCAAUUGAAGGAUCACAGGUUCUGAUUGUGGUCUUCUCUAUCAACUAUGCUUCCUCCACAUGGUGCUUGCAAGAACUCGCAAACAUAGCUGAUUGCAUUCAAAUCCCAGGACACACUGUUCUGCCAGUUUUCUAUGAUGUGAGUCCAACUGAGGUGAGAAGGCAAAGUGGAAAUUUUGAAAAAGCAUUUAUGAAACACGAAGAAAGAUUCAAAGAUGAUGCAGAGAUGAUGGAGCAAGUGGCAAGAUGGAGGGGAGCUCUAACACAAGUAGCCAAUCUCUCUGGCUGGGAUCUCAAGGAUAAGUCACAAUCUGCUGAGAUUGAAAAAAUUGUCAAAGCGGUAACAAACAUAUUGAGUCCCAAACCAUCAUCAAGUCUAUCUAAUGAUGUAGUUGGGAUGUACUCCCAUUUAGAAGAACUAGAAAAGCUUCUAGUUUUGGACUCACAUGAUGAUGUUCGAGUUUUAGGCAUUUGUGGAAUGGGUGGCAUAGGAAAGUCAACUCUUGCCACCAUUUUAUAUGAAAAAAUCUCUCAUCAAUACGACAUUUCAUGCUUUAUGGAUGAUGUAAGCAAAACUUAUGCAGAUUGUGGUCCAAUUGGUGUGAAAAAGCAACUUCUUUGUCAAGCUUUCGUGGAAGAAGAAUUUCUACUAUGCAAUCUUUCGGCAGCAACUAAUUUGAUUCAAAAGUAUUUAUGCCAUAGAAAGGUUCUCAUAGUUCUGGAUAAUGUUGAUCAGGGGAUUCAGUUGGAGAAUUUGGCUUUAAAACGGGAAUGGCUAAGUAGAGGGAGCAGAAUAAUCAUAGUUUCUAGAGAUGAACAUAUAUUGAGAGAGCAUGGAGUGGAUGAUGUUUACAAAGUUCAACUCUUAAAUGAUGAGAAUGCUCUCCAAUUAUUUUGUAGAAAAGCUUUCAAAUGUAACCAUGUUAUAGAAGGUUAUGAAAGCCUGACAAAUUCUGCAUUAACAUAUGCUAAUGGACUGCCAUUAGCAAUUAAAGUAUUGGGUUCUUUUUUGUUUGGCCGAAGUAUAUCCGAAUGGAGUAGUGCUUUGGUUAGAUUGAGAGAAAACCCAACAAAAGAUAUUAUGGAUGUGUUACGAAUAAGUUAUGAUGGACUUGAGGAUAUGGAAAAGGAAAUGUUUCUUGAUAUUGCAUGUUUUUUUUCUAACGAGAAUGAAUAUUAUGUAAAGAACAUUUUAUGUAUUCGAGGGUUUCAUCCUGAUAUUGGUAUAAGAAUUCUCAUUGAUAAAUCACUUAUAACUUGUGACCGGUCGGCCAUAGUUAUGCAUGAUCUGUUGAGAGAGUUGGGUAGAAGUAUUGUUCGAGAAAAAUCACCCAAAGAGCCAAGAAAGUGGAGCAGGUUAUGGAAUCAAAAGGAUCUAAGCAAUGUCUUGCGGGAAAACAAGAUAGCAGAAAAUCUUGAAGCCAUAGUUCUACCAAGAUUUCUUGAAAUUAGGGAAGAGUUAUCAGUUGAAGCAUUAUCACAAAUGAGCUGCCUUAAAUUACUCAUACUCAGAGAAGUGAAUUUCUCGGGAUGCCUUAAUUUUCUUUCUAGAGAGUUGGGAUAUAUUGAAUGGAAAGAAUAUCCUUUUACAUGUUUGCCAUCAAGCUUUCAGCCAAAUAAACUCGUUAAAUUAAUCCUGCAUCACAGCAACAUCAAAGAACUCUGGGAGGGAAUAAAGUCUUCUUGUUUGUAUUAUGGCUUAAGAUUCUUCUUACCUUUCUAUCUCACUCUCUUGACAUUACAGGAUCUACAUAAUUUGACACAUUUGGAACUAUGCUAUUCCAAAAGCCUUGUAAACAUACCAAAUUUAUCUCAGGCCCCAAAUCUUUUGCGACUAGAUCUUAAAGGAUGUGUUAAACUUGUUCGCCUUCAUCCAUCCAUUGGCUGUUUAAAAAACCUCGGUUACUUGAAUCUGGAAAACUGCAGAAGUCUUGUUAGUAUUCCCAACAACAUAUUUGAUCUUAAUUCUCUUUAUAAUUUAAAUCUAUCUGGCUGUUGGAAAUUACUUAAAGAUCAGUUGUUAGAGCAACCAAGGCAAAGCAAGCAGUUGAAUACAGGUCAAAGUGUACAAAGGCACAUGACAUCCUCCAUAUGCAAAACUCUUACAAGGCCUCUCCAUUUUUUCUCUUCUAGAUGGUGUCCCAAUUCAGUUGGUUUAUUGGUGCCUUCUUUGUCUCGUUUCCCAGCUUUGGAAUCUCUUGACAUAAGUUUCUGUAAUCUAGUUGAAAUUCCUGAUGCUAUUGGACAGUUAUGUUGUUUAGAACGUUUAAACAUAGGGGGGAACAAUUUUGUUACACUACCUCAUUGCAUCAAGGAACUUCCCAAGCUAAGGGAGUUGAACUUGCAGUACUGUAAGAAACUAAAGUGGUUUCCAAGUACCCUUUUGCCCAUAGGAGGAGGUAGCCAUAGAAGAUUUUACUAUGGAGGAUUAUAUGUUUUCAACUGCCCCAAUUUGAGUGACAAGAAAGGUUGUGCUGUCACAGUUAUUUCAUGGAUGAUAAAAAUGAUUCAGGUGAACAUGCAAUGCUCUUUGCCCAGAUGCACCAUUAAAGUUAUUAUUCCGGAAAAUAAAAUUCCAAGGUGGUUCAACAAACAGAAUACAGGUAAUUCAAUGAAAGUGGAUUCAUCUCCCAUUGUGGAUGACAAUAAUUGGAUUGGCAUUGCCUGUUGUGUGGCAUUUGUUGUACAUGAUGAUGAUGCUCCAACUGAAUAUCCUCCUAUUCUAUUUGGUUGUGGUUUUCGUCGUAAUCCAGAUAAGGCCGUUUGUUCCAUUGCUCCAAUACGUCUUAAGAAAGAUUGGAUCACAACUGAAUUAGAUCAUAUGUUGUUAAUGUUUUUAUCCAGGGAUGUUUUUAUUAAUAAUUUUGUAAGUGCUUUAAAAGAAGGAGUAUCUGAUCUUGAUGGUAUUGAAUUGGUUGCAUUGGCUCGUUAUCCAGAAGAAGUAGUAGAAGUGAAGAGUUGUGGGUACCGUUGGGUAUCUAAGGAAGAUUUGGAACAUUUAAACCCAGAGAAGAUGUAUAGCGCCAACUCUUUAGCUUACAAUCAGAAGCACAAGUUUCUGGAAAUUCAAGAUGACCAAUAG